GACUAUUAGCUCCCUACCUACUUUCUGCGAUGUUUGCUUCGAUCUGGUCAUAUCUCGGCUGGAAAGAAGAAGUGCCAUCAUCAAGUCCUCCGUCUGUCACCAUCACUGGCGUCAGAAUACCAGCCGAUGGUGCUCCGGCUCAUCUCGUUCAACUUACCACAAUAAGCGCCUCUGAUGCUACGGAUGGCUUCCUCUUCCACGUACCUGACUUACGUCAAUAUUGGAGGACAGAGCUAGCCUGGCACCAGCGCGAUCUACUCAGACUAGAUCUCCAGCAAGAUCGUUACGCGAGUUUUAUCCAGCUAUCGCAACAUCUCCAGCAAAAGCAGCAUCUCAAGGAACUUCUCAAUCCUUGGGGACGGCCUGAUCGCCAACGAAGACUUCAUCUCAACCAACGCUAUGUUCUUGAUCAACGGUAUCAUUCCGUACAAGAGCCGUUCUAUUCAUGUGUGGGCAUCUAUUACGUUAUUUACUCCUUCUGCUCAGAUGAGUUACCGCUCAAUACAUCUGUCCCUGACUGGAUUAGAAAAGGCGAUGAAAGUUUUUCCUGGCAGUAUUAUGGCGACGUCUUUUUAGUCAAGAUGGCACCACACGAGUACAAAGAGUAUGAGUGGGCUAGCUACGCUAAUAUCUCUCCUAAAUUCCUGGACUUACUACUGGAAGGGCCACUAGAGCGCGAUACGGCCGCUCUUUAGAUUAUGCACAGAUUCUUUGGGUAGCAAAGAAAAGGAAGAGGCGAACAAGUAUGUCCCGCACUUGACACCAAAAAGUCUUCCACGCUUCACCAUCAUCAUCUGCGGAAAGCGCCGCAAGACGCGCUUCUACCCAACGACUGAGAAAGACUGCAAUCGAUCUGGGAACACGAAACCUGGUAACGUUGUUGACUGUGGAGUGACGGAAGCGCGGAGCUGGGAUUUCUUCUUACCAGCACAUGCCGUACUUCA